UGAAUGCCAAUUUCAGAUCUACUAUUGACCUUACCCUCUCUAUUUGCUACUCGCUGUGAAUACCACCAUGUCCAAGCCUGUCUUCACGGAGGAGGCUGCAACGCCCGAGUUCGCAGCUCAGCUUGACGCACAAGAUCGUCUAGCGGCAUUCAGGGACAAAUUCAUCAUUCCAUCCAAGGCGAACAUUGCUUCCAAGAAGCUUGCUAAGCCCGGACUCUCCGCCGAGCCCUGCAUUUACUUCUGCGGGAACUCGCUUGGUAUCCAACCCAAAGCAACCGUCCACUUUGUCGAAGCACAGCUCGAUACCUGGGCAUCAAUUGGCGUUGGCGGUCAUUUUACAGACCUUGAGGAUUCCCCUUUGAAACAAUGGCAGCUACUUUCCGAACAAGCUGCUGCUUCCAUGAGCAGGAUUGUCGGAGCCAAACCAGAGGAAGUAGCAGCCAUGGGAACGCUGACGACAAACCUGCACCUCCUCUUAGCUAGCUUCUACACACCUACCACAACAAGGCAUAAAAUCAUCCUGGACUGGAAGGCAUUCCCCAGUGAUCACUACGCGAUCGAAUCUCAAAUUGCUUGGCACGGUCUGGACCCGCAACAGUCUAUGGUGCUGAUCGGUCCUGAAGAGGGCGAAUAUGAGAUCUCUACUGAGAGAAUCAUGUCUAUCAUCGACGAACAUGCCGACGAAGCUGCUGUCCUUCUUCUCCCAGGUAUUCAAUACUAUACUGGGCAGUUCUUUGACAUCAAGAAGAUUACUCAUUACGCACACUCGCGUAAUCUUAUCGUUGGAUGGGAUCUCGCUCAUGCGUAUGCGAAUUUGGAAUUGAAGCUACAUGAGUGGAAUGUUGAUUUUGCGGCGUGGUGCACGUACAAAUAUGGAAAUGCGGGCCCUGGUGCGAUGGGAGGGCUUUUCGUGCACGAGAAACACGGCCAAGUCGACUACAGUGGAGGAGAAGACUCCCCCAAGUUUCGUCAUCGCUUGACUGGAUGGUAUGGCGGCGACCGAUCAGUGAGAUUCAAGAUGGACAACAAAUUCAAGCCCAUUCCUGGUGCUGGAGGAUUCCAGAUCUCCAAUCCCUCGGCCAUUGAUCUUGCAGCUCUUUGCGCUGCCCUAUCCGUCUUUGACGGCACAUCAAUGGCAGAGCUCCGCCAGAAAUCGAUACGGUUGACCGCGUACCUUGAGUACCUAUUGACAAAGGACUAUGACGACGAGUCGAGACCGUUCCGCAUCAUAACUCCGAACAAUCAUGAGGCCAGGGGAGCCCAGCUCAGCUUACUGCUCAGGCCCGGACUGCUGCAGAAUGUAUCUCAGAGGCUGCAAGAAGCCGGGAUUGUCUGCGACAAACGGGAGCCAGACGUAGUGCGUGUAGCACCCGUUCCACUGUACAACACUUUCAGUGAGGUUUGGUCAUUUGUCCAGGUCUUUAGAGAGGCAUUGAAAGCUUGAGCCGGGAAAGUGAUGAGUAAGAUUAGACUGAGGCAGGGUUGGAUGUACAGUUUUGACGAUAAUGUAUAUAAGUUCAUGACUACAAUUUUAUCACAGCCUUCCUUCAGUUCAGCCCUUUAGUGGUUCGUG